CACAAGCAACACGAGAGCGCCUCUGCCGUUCUGCAGCCUUGCAGAAGCCCUCCCGGCGCGCCUGCGGCCACAGCCUCGCGCACCCGCGGUCGCGCAGAAGGGACCGGAGACAGCGACGUUCAAGGCGGCUCUGCGCCGUCUUCUCCUCUGCUUGCGACAGCGCGGCCUCGAGCUCCCCGCAGCCAGAGCCGUUAGCACCGAGGCGAGGCAAUGGCCAGCAGCACCGCCGCCGCCAGCACCCGCCGCGGCGGGUCUACUCGGCCGCCGCCGCUCGCCCUUCUUGUUGGCGGCGUCUUCUUCUGCCUGACUUGCUGGAGCCCGACCCAGGCGACGAGCGCGCAGCCGGUCGUUCCUUGCGAGGCCCCGCUGCAGUGGGAGGGGCGCACGGUGGUGUACGACCACAGCACCGGCAGGAACACCCGGGCGGCCGUGGCUUACGACGGCUCCAACCAGCGCCUGCGGAUACUGGAGGAGAGGAAGGGCCUCAUCCCCUGCAAGAAAUUUUUUGAAUAUAUAUACCUCUAUAAAGAUGCAGUCAUGUUUCAGAUUGAACAAGUGACCAAGCUGUGUUCCAAGGUUGUUUUGAGUGAGCCGUGGGAUCCUUUUGAUAUUCCUGUCAACUCAACCUAUGAAGAUCAGUACUACAUUGGAGGACCCGGUGACCAAAUUAUGGUGCAGGAAUGGUCUGACAGAAAACCAGCUAGGAAACUUGAAAACUGGGUGGGAGUUUACACAGUCAAGGACUGUUACCCAGUUCAGGAAACCUACACGAAGAACUACAGUGUGACAACUUCCACCCGUUUCUUUGAUCUAAAACUCGGGAUAAGCGAUCCAUCUGUAUUCAUCCCCCCCAGCACCUGCCAGACAGCUCAAGCAAAAAAGAUGAGAGAUGAAUGCUGAUGGCAAACCUUGGCUUCUACAUGUAAACAAUAUGGGUAUAUAGAUAUAUAAUUUAGAUUAUCAUAAAUAAUCAACUACUGGUAUCUAACAUGAUCAUUGCACUUUGCAGAAUUGUGGAUUUGAGGAAUGGGACAUUUAACUGACCAGAAAAAGAGAAAAACAUCUCUCCUUUGGUGUCUCAGUCUAACAUUGUCCUCAUAGUCUACAUUUAUCAGAGGCUUACUGUUCACAAACAUUUGUUUUAGAUGUAAUGCUUUAUGGAAGAACGUACUUAUAUUUUCCUAAAGGUUUAUGGUGUGCCAAAAAGUAUAUCAAAAUCUGAUGUAUGUUUGUUAAUUCUGGAGAUCUGAGUGGGCUAUAUUACAUGCACAAGAUAAGCUGUUACCACGAAGUGGCACUUUAAUUGAUUGCCUCUUAAUGAUUUCCUUACUCUUCUGGAAGCUAUUAGAGCGUUAGGAUGUAAUCCUAUGUCUGCUUAGACAAAAUAAAGUUCUACAGUUCCCAGAAUAUCCUAGCCAGUAUGCCUGGCAGGAGGCACAGAAGGAGGGUUUUUUGGUACUUUUUUCUGCCUAAACACACAUAGGAUUGUUUUGUUAACCAUCUUCUCUUCUUUCCUCAAAACCUAUGAUAACUAUGUUAACAUAUUAGCUUCUGUGUUACCGGGAAAAGGAAAGAUAGCGAAGUGUUCUUCUAUUUACUACUGCUUUUAUUUAUUAUUUUAUUUACUUAGCAGAGUGUUUUUUUAACAGAAAAACACUUCAAGGUGGCCUGUAAUAGAUUACAGUAAUGACACACGCAACCACACAAAACCCAGUUGUCUUGGCACAAAAGAAUUGCUAUGAUACGCAUUUGUUACUAGGUAUGUUGCUCCCAGAGAAUGGAAAACGUAGGCUAGUGAAGGUUAUUGUCAUGAUUAGCAGGUUUAGGCUUCAGGGAUGGAGCAAAAAGUUUUCAAUGCAGGGAAGUUUUCUGGGGUUCAGAUUAUGGGUGCUUUCCAUGAAUAAUCCCUAUUGUAUUAGGUGUGAUUUCUGUCCUUUCCAGUAGCCCUACCUGCUUUAAUCUAUGUGAAGAAAUGUUAAGCAGUAGAGCCAGGCAGGGCCAGGCCUUAAGCGACCCUUGAGGCUUCUUUAGUGUUCUUGUAAAUUCCUCUUAUUUAUCCUAGCCCAAGAUAUUCUUUAUUUGAGUUUGAACUAGAAUAAAAAGUGGCAGACUCAGUACCAGCACAGCCCUGAAGAGGGCUCCUGGUUAUUGUUGUUUCUUUCAGCCCUGAGUGGGCUUCAGAUUUUCUUUACAGAACUGAGAGCAAUGUUGAAGACCCUUCAACAACUUCUCAAUGCUGCUGCUAAGUGUAAGUACCAAAACAACUGACUUUCUGACAUUUGUGAGCCACCUGGCAACCAAUUAUUUGGACAGGAGUCAAAUCUCUUGCUAGCUGUGAGGGGGCAGGCUGACCCCAUCCGGGAUGAUUAAGCAACCUAUAGAUUGUUUAAGAAUGACCUAUUCCUGGGUUGUUCAUUGUGAUAUCUGAAUCUGGAGCUCUGGGUUGCUAAGGGAAAAACAAUGCAGAAUUUAAAUGCAAGGUUUGUUGCUGAGUUAAAAUUCUAGGUUAUUUUUCCUCCAGCAACCCAGGAUUUUGGGUUUGGACAUCACAACAAGCCACUCAGCAAUGAGGAAUUCCUGGGUGGUUUUUUAAAGCAGGAGUGGACUGAAGCCAGCAUAUUUCCUUGUUCCUGCACACUUGCAAACAACCUAAGGUUAAUCAUGUUGAAUUGGGUCAAAAACAAGUACUUCCAUAUCCCUGAAUCUCACAAUAUCCCUGCAACCAUCCUUUAGCAAAGAAAUUCUAUUUCUCAAGGUAGCUCGUGAAUUUGAAACGUAAGCCUAAACACAUAGCCUCCCUGAGCCAGCAACUUAAGCUUCUUUUUCCACAAGUCUGCUGCUACUUAUCUGUUUUGUUUUCUUGUUAAACUUGUUAAUUUUGUGCUGAUUUUUAACUUUUUACAUGCAAUGCAUCUCGAGUUUGAAUUUUUCUUAGAAAGUCGAGUUUAAAUAAGUUAAAGGGAAAGCCCUUAUAUGGGUGGGAAGCUCUGUGUACUCUUCAGUGCAUCUAUAGAACUGAAGACUUACAGCAAACCCUUUCCCAGCUAGGAAAAAAAUGACAUAUUAAAAGAGCAGACAUUGCUCAUUUAGUAUGGAAUAAGAAUUACACUCCACUAAAUGGUGAGGCAGAUCUUCAGAAGCCCUGUUCUCUCCUCUUCUUCCAUGUAUUUAGUCUACAUAGGAUUGGGAAGUGGCUUGCUGCCAGGCCUUACAUUCUCCAGGUGCUCAGUAGAAAUGUGGAGGAACCUCUGUGCACAUACAUCUGUCCAAGUGAUCAAGGAAUCGUAAGCACAUACAGGGCCCAUCAACACACACACACACACACAUUUUUUUCCCCCGUCUAAACAACCUGCAGAGACUUAAGGUGAGGCCAUCAGGUAUGAUUCUGUUCCCCAGUCACAUGCUGACCAAAGGCAUGGAAGGGACAGUGAGAAGAUGGUUAGUGCCCUUUGUCCAACAGGAUAAAAAAUCUGAGUGUUUAUUAGUGCCUUUGAAUCCAACACACCUAUUUAUCUAUUAUAAGUGGCUGUGGUGUGCAUUGCACUUUACAGAAUAGCAAACAGAUCUCUACCCAAGGAGCUGAAAAUUUAAAGUGUGAUAUGCCAGGCAAUGGUGGGUGAAGGGGGCGGGGGUAUAGAGCAAGAAUAAAUCUGAGCCGCUCCGAGGCUUUGGUGAAUGGGGCAGCAUAGAAGCUUUCUAAAUAAAAAAAUAACAAAUAAAUAAAUAAAUGGAAAUGAGCAUUCACUUUAGUCACAAGCACAAAAGUUUGAUAUCGGUAGAUGAAUACUAGGAAGUUAUGCAGAAGACUUUGCAGAAAAGAUAAAUUUGGGGAGAAAUGUUGAAAAGAAAAGAAAGAGCCAAGAAUGGAUAACUGUCCUUAAAUGGGGUUCCAGCUACAAGUGGCAGAAAGGAGAAUGGGUAGGAUUGUUGAAGCAAGCAGGAGAUCCUCAAUUGAGGCUGGUGCUGCUGGAGACAGAAGUUCAUGACUUGAUAUAUGUUGGGACCAAGGAGUGAGCUACAGGCCGUGGAAAGCUUUGAAGAAUCGGGAAUUUGUGCUUGUUCAGAGUGCUGCUAGGAACUCACAAAUGGGGAUUUCAUGAGGGCUGUCACAAAUGGGAGAAGUGGUGAAAGCUUUUGUAGGCAGGGAAGGAGUCAAGGAACAGCAUUCAAAGGUUGAAAUGGAAAAGGGAGCAGAAGUGAAGGAGAAAGAUAAAUAGGGUUAACUAAAAGGUUUGAAAGGAAGGAACAUAUUUUGCUAUGUUGUACAGGAGUAGUGACACGAUUAGGACACACACUGAACGUGAGGAACAAAAGUUCAUAGACUAUCAUAGCUGUACUCCAAGUUCUUCCCUUGAGUAUUGCCCUCUUCCCACUGAAUAUGCAGCACCUCAUAUGUUGGUUUAGUAAAGAUGCAAUCCUGUGCAUGCUUAGACAGAAAUGUUGGCAGGGGAAUUAUAUGAGUUUUUCUGUGUAAACAUGUAGGGUGGCGCCCUAAAUGAUCAGACUCUGGUAAGUUACUUUGAUGUGUAUGAAAGGUAUCAAAAUGCUUUUGAUCGGGUACAAUUAAAAGGCACAGCACAUUUUGAGCACGAUGGCAAGUUUGCCUUAUUUCCCAAUACGUUUUCAAACACAUAGCACAUUAUGUUAAUAGAAACUCCCUUUCCCAACAUUCAACCUACACGAUAUAACAAUUGUGAUUAAAAGUCCUGGAAUGGUGAGGUUCUUAGGAAGAUGUCAUACAAUACAUGGCUUGCCUGUUAGGACAGCAGACUGUUCUAUACCUUGACGAUGAUACACAUUCUGAGUAUAAUUCCAGCUGUUUUACUUUGUGCAGCCUGGAAGAAUGCCUUAUUGCACAAGCCCUCAUUCUAAUCUCCCACACAAAUAUCACCAUGUGAAGGUGGGCAGGGAUGAGAGCUAGCACUGUCCUCUCUGUAACCAUUCAUCGUACCUUCCAUGGAUAUCACAAUACGGAACUGCACAUGCCUCCUGCUGCAGAAGUCUAUGUUCCAGUUUGUGGAACUAGUAUGCUUGUCUCUGCUUUUCCUUUUGCGAUUCUAAUCCGUGGAGGAUUAGAAUGCCCCAAGAGGAUUAGAAUGCCCCAGUAGGACUAAAGCGUGGUUUGAUGAGCCUUUCCCAACCUGGUGUCCUCCAGAAGGGCUGGAUUGCAACUCCCAGUGCCCCCAGCCAGCAUGGCCUGUCUGGAGGGUACCAGGUUGGAAAGCCUGAGUUAGAAUGCUGCAGUGAGAGCUUAACAAGCUACAAAUGUACUAUUUCAGUCAGUGAAUCAAGUUACAGUUGUAUUUCUGAGCUCUGUUCCAUUGACUAAAUAAAGAGAUGUAUCAAAAUAGAAACCAUGAAGAGGACUGGAUUUAUGUAUCAUUCUUUCAGGUUAGCAUUGAUUGUAUUGUCCUAACUAUUGUUUCAUUGAAACAGAAUUUCUGAAAUAAAAUCAAGGUGGUGGUUUUGC